UACCCAUCGCAAUCCCCGCCUCCCCUUCGCCACCCCGUUCCCACUCAUCCGGCGUAUAUUCCAGAACCACCUGCCACUCCCGGCUCUCCCCAAGGCUACCAACGAUUCUCCUCCUCCCCCAGCCCAAAUAUUGGUCCCAUCCAACAUGGCUACCCAUCUCAACAAACUCAACACGUCCCAGCGUACAUCAAUAUGCCCUUCCAACAUUCCCAGCCACCGCACGGUCAUAUUCAGCAACAACAACAACACCAACAAGGCCCAUACCAACCCCAACCAACCGUCGCACACGCCCACCAGCCAGACUAUGCCGCAUGGGGGAUCGACGGCACCACUGCUCAGUUGGGUAUGCAGCUUGGUCAUAGCGCAGUUGCUGCUGGUCAAGACUACGUACAGCGGAAUUUUGGAACUGUCUUCCCAGCAGCCACACAAGUGAAGCACCACUUUAAUGUGUCCAAUUCCUAUGUGAUGCGAAAAUUGAGGGUUCUGCUCUUCCCGUGGACGCACAAGCCUUGGGCGCGCAAGAUACGGAGGUCAGAGCAUGGUCAGAGCGAGUGGCAGACCCCGCGAGAGGAUAUUAAUUGUCCUGAUUUGUACAUCCCCGUUAUGGCCAUCGUAACCUACAUCAUCCUCACAGCCCUACAUUCAGGCAUCAAUAACAAGUUCUUCCGACCCCAGAUCCUUGGCGAAUCAGCUUCCCGAGCUACCCUCGUCGUUCUCCUCGACUUUGCCUUUGUGAAAUUAGGUUGCUAUUUUCUUAAUAUCAACGAUUCGAGCCAGGUCGUCGAUGUGUUUGCGUAUGGCGGGUACAAAUUUGUCGGCGUCAUUGUCACGAUUACAGCGGGUUUUCUGGGGCUAAAAGGCCCGCUUUGUCUGCUGGUUUUCGUUUAUGCUUUUCUGGCAAAUGCUUUUUUCCUCCUUCGUUCCCUGCGCUCAAUGGUACUCCCCGAUCCUUCCAUCUCGAUAGCAACAAAUCCGAACCCAACAACGACGGCUACCGUCAAUCCUGCCCAACGUCGGCGGAGAAUCACAUUCCUGUUUCUAGAGGCGGUGUGUCAGAUCGUUUAUAUGGGCGCUUUGGUGAGGAUUUAGAGGGGGUACAUACAUUGGUGUGUAAUGUUUUGUCUGAGGGAUUUUGGUGCUAGAGUUUGUCGUUGUCCCAAUCUCAGCAAUUAUGUUGUCCAUGAGAUCAUGUAUACUCUCACUAAUUCUCACUCGUAUUCACCCGGGAGCUAGUUUCUACAUCUCUUG